AUGCCACUUGAUGAUUUACCAACUUUGAGUGAUGAUGAUAAAAAUAUUGUUCGUUUACUUGUAACAAGAAAUGAUCGACAUAAAUUUUCAGAUGAAAAAAUAUCCAAGGUCUUUGAUGAAGUUGAUGUCAGUUAUUCACGUGUUAUGUGUCGUCUUGCUUGGCAUAAUUUAUUUCCAAAACUUAAUACUGAUCAAGUUUUUAUCAAACAACCCAGUCAAAUUCAAACAGGAAUGCUUAAUUUUCAGGAAGUCAAUAAGUAUAUUCACUGGAAAAUAAUAUACAUUCAUCCAGAAGUUUAUAAUGCAGUAUGUCAAGUUAUUGGAAACAGCCAAGAGCUAUCAAGCAAAUGUUUCUUUGAAGUAAAUUAUGUAAAAUCAACAGUAAGCUUGGAUGAUUUUGAAUGUCAACAAAAAAAAGCUUUAAACAUGACGAUGAAAUAUUUGAACACUAAUUGGUUAAAUAACGUCGUUAAAAUAAUUAAAACAUCGUUUAAUAAAAUUGGCAAAGGUUGUUUUGAUCUAAAUCAACAUAUACCAUAUGUUUAUGAUGUUAUUAAAUUGAAAAGAUUUAUUUGUUUAAAUAUAUUCAUCAUGCAGAGUAUUCUGAGAACCUUGGUGCUCGACUCUUUGAAUAAAUAUUUAACAUUAUUGGAAACUCCAACAGUAUCAAUAAUGAAUGUUCAUCCAGAUUUUGUUUGGGGUAAUAAUUUAGUUGAUACACAAUUUCCUUCAGCUAUGAAUCCAAUUUUCAGAGUUGAAUUACAAAUUGAUGCACAUGGAGGGAUUUAUUUGACUGACUUGCUAAAUUUUCAGAAAAUUAUUAUUGAACGUUUGGAUGAUGCUGUAAUUCAAAGUCAUUAUAUAAAACAAGUUCAUCCAUUUCUCUUGCAAGAUUUAAAAUUUUCACCAAGUCUUUAUCUAAGUUCAAUUGGUCUUUUGAGUGAAGAAGUAUGUCAAACACGAGAUCGUCUAAAAGUUGCCUAUGAAAAAUCCCUGAUUCCUCUUGGAGCAUAUGCUAAAGAGUACAAUAAAUAUUUAGAUUUGUACAUUCUUGAUGUCACUGAGUAUAUUGCCUCCAUGCGACAAGAAGGAAUUUCAACAUUAAAAAUACAAGAAGAAAUAUCAUUUCAAUAUGCUUCAAUGCAAGAUAUGCAUCAACGUUUAAGAGAUGAUCCUCCUAAUAUUGAGGGAAUUGUUGAGACUCGUGAAUACAUGGACGUUGUACCAUCUAAUGUUGCUGAAAUUAACGAAAUUUUUGAACAACUUAGAAGAGAAUAUGAUGUUUUAGAUUCAUUCAAAUGGAAUAUUCCAGAUGAAGACUUUCAGUUGAAAUGGAUUUGUGUUGGAUAUCCUCUUAAAAUUGAGCAUCAGCUUAUAAAAACAAGUGAAAGAUUAUUAGAGUUAUCAGAAAACUAUAUAAAAACUCAGCUUAUCGAUGAGCUUACUUUGUCUGAAGAAAUUGAUAAAGUAUCUAGAUAUUUAAUUGAAAUAAGUCGACAAACAGAUCCCGAAAAAAUUUAUAAUAUUGCAAGUGAUGUUAAAAAAGCAUGGCAAGAACUUAAAAUGUGUAAGGAGCAAUCAUUUAUUUUUAAUGAAAGACGUCGUCUUUUUAACAUGCCAAUGAACACAUUUCAUGAACACAUUAAUUCAAUUGAACAUCAAUUAGAAAUGUAUAAAAUUUUAUGGUGCACUGCUUCUGAUUGGAAAAAAUCUCAUGAAGCUUGGUUGAAAAAUCCAUUAGAAGAUAUUGAUGCUGAAGAAGUUGAAUUGACUGUAAAUCAAAUGUUUCAAGAUGCUCAAAGAUCUGUCAAUAUGUGUAAUGAAAUUGAUAAAUUUAAACCUCACAUGAGCCUUCUAAAAUCCCUGAGGCAUCAUGGAAUAAAAGCAAAACAUUUUGAAGAUCUUAGCACACGUACUGGCAUAGAAAUAUCAUUCACACGAGCAUUAACUCUCGAGGGUCUACUUACCCUUGGUAUUAUGGAUUUCAAGGACGACAUUAGUGAUGUAUCAGACAUAGCACAAAAAGAAUAUACAAUUGAAUCUACUCUUAAAAAAAUGAUGCAAGAAUGGCAAGAAAUUAAAAUGGAUGUUAUUGAUUAUAAAAAUACUGAUGCUGUUGUUGAUAUUCUUGAUACAUGGGAAUCUAAAUUAAAAUUAACACAAGAAGUUUUAAAUGAAUGGAUUAAUUUACAAAAAUCAUGGAUGUAUUUAGAAGCUGUUUUUACAUCUGAGGAUAUUAGUAGACAGCUUCCUGUUGAAGCAAAAAAAUACAUAACAAUGGAACGUAAUUGGAGAAGAAUUAUGAAACGUGCCAAAGAAAAUCCUCAUAUAUUACAAAUUUGUCCUGAUAAAUCUCUCCUGGAAAGCCUCAAAGAGUGCAUUAGCUUAUUGGAAAUUGUACAAAGAGGCUUAUCAGAUUACCUUGAAACAAAAAGAUCAUUAUUUCCAAGAUUUUUUUUUCUAUCUGAUGAUGAAUUACUAGAGAUACUUGCACAAACAAAAAAUGUACGUGCUGUACAACCACAUUUAACUAAAUGUUUUGAAAAUAUGAAAGAAUUAAAAUUCGUUGAAAUGGUUAUGCGUGAUACACUGAGAUCAAUAAUUUCCGAGGCAUUGCAACUUGUUGAUACUACAGAGAGAAAAACAUGGGUUUACAUCCAAGUGCAGCGUUUAAUGCUCGAAGCUUUAAUAAUAAUUGAAGUUCAUGCUCGAGAUGUUGUUGAAUUACUUAAAAAUAAAAAUGUCUCAACAAUAAAUGAUUUUAAUUGGAUAUCACAAUUGCGAUAUUAUUGGAUAAAUGAAGAGACAAAUUAUAAUAUUAAAAUUCGUGUUGUUAAUGCUGAAUUUCCAUAUGGCUAUGAAUAUUUGGGAAAUAAUGGACGUUUAGUAAUAACAACAUUAACGGAAAGGUGUUACUUGACAUUGUGUGGUGCAUUACAUUUAAAAUUUGGUGGUGCACCAGCUGGACCAGCUGGAACUGGAAAAACAGAAACAACAAAAGAUUUAGCAAAAGCAUUUGCAAUACAAUGUGUUGUAUUUAAUUGUUCUGAUCAAUUGGAUUAUUUAUCAAUGGGAAAAUUUUUUAAAGGACUUGCAAGUGCUGGUGCUUGGGCUUGCUUUGAUGAAUUCAAUCGUAUUGAUAUUGAAGUACUUUCAGUUAUUGCACAACAAAUAUUGACGAUACAAAGAGCUCAACAAUUACGUGCAGAUCGUUUUUUAUUUGAGGGUUACGACAUACCAUUAAAAUCCAUGUGUUCAAUUUUUAUAACAAUGAAUCCAGGCUACGCCGGUCGUACUGAAUUACCUGAUAAUUUAAAAGCUCUAUUUCGUCCAGUUGCUAUGAUGGUGCCUAAUUACUCAUUAAUUGCUGAAAUAUCUCUAUUUUCAUAUGGAUUUAUCAAUGCAAAAGUUCUGGCAAUUAAAAUAACAGCAACUUUUAAAUUAAGCUCGGAACAAUUGAGUACACAGGAUCACUACGACUUUGGUAUGCGAGCAGUUAAAAGUGUAAUUGCAUUUGCUGGUAAAUUAAAUCGUGAAAAUAAUAAUUUAAAUGAAAAUCAAAUAUGCUUGAGAGCUUUAAUGGAUGUUAAUGUACCAAAAUUUUUACGUGAUGAUUUAAUACUAUUUGAAGGUAUUCUUUCUGAUUUAUUUCCUGGUGUAACACAACUUUUAGUUAAUUUUUUAAAACUUUCUAUUUAUUUCUAUUUUUUCUAUUAUGUGGAUAAAGUUAUGCAGCUUUAUGAAACAACAACAGUCAGACAUGGACUUAUGCUUGUUGGUGCAACCGGAUCUGGCAAAACAAAGUGUUAUGAAAUUCUUCAAAAUGCAUGUACAAAUUUACAAGGAAAUUUACAAUCAGAUGAUUCGCCAUUUGUUAAAAUAAAUAAAUUUAUAAUAAAUCCAAAAUCAAUAAGUCUAGGACGUUUAUAUGGUGAAUUUGAUUUGGAUACACAUGAAUGGACUGAUGGUAUACUUCCCUACAUCAUUAGAAAAGAUAUAUCAUUAAAUAACGCUGAAAAAAAAUGGUAUAUAUUUGAUGGACCAGUUGAUGCGCUUUGGAUUGAAAAUUUAAAUACUGUUCUUGAUGAUAAUAAAAAAUUAUGUUUAACAUCUGGAGAAAUAAUAAAACUUCAGACAAAUCAAACAAUUAUAUUUGAAGUUGGUGAUUUAAAAGUUGCAUCACCAGCUACAGUAUCAAGAUGUGGUAUGGUUUACUUGGAUGACGAACUUAUUGGGGUUGAUACAUUUGAUGAAGGAGAUUCUUUUGAUCCUCCUCAAUGGAUCAAAUGGAUUGAUGAUGAUUUGCCAAUUAUCAUUUCACCAAGUACAAAAUUUGCAGAUAUUGAAAUUCCAACGUUGGAUACUGUGAGAAAUUCGGCAUUAAUUGAAUAUUUAUUAAAUUCCGAUAACAAUGUACUGUGUGUCGGACCAACUGGUAGUGGAAAAACACUGACAAUAUCAAGUAAAUUAACAAAAGGAAUGCCAAAAAAAUAUACAUGUAAUUUUAUGACAUUUUCUGCAAAAACAUCAGCAAGUAAAACUCAGAGCAUUCUCGAAUCGAAAUUAGAAAAAAAAAGAGCUGGUGUAUAUGGAGCAUCAGUUUUAAAAAAACAAAUUUUUUUCAUUGAUGAUUUAAAUAUGCCAUUAGUUGAGGUGUACGGUGCUCAACCACCACUAGAAUUACUUCGUCAAUUAUUUGAUUCUGGAGGCUGGUAUGAUUCACAAGAUAUUGGUUCAUUUCGUCAAAUAGUUGAUGUUAAUAUACUUGCUGCAAUGGGACCACCAGGAGGUGGUAGAAAUUUUAUUGAUAAUCGUGUACUUCGUCAUUUUCAUUUUAUAACAUUUCCCGAGAUGGAAAAUAAUACAAAGAUUAAAACACCAAAUUGUCAUGUAUUUUAUGACCAAAUAUUAAAAUCAACUAUUAAUUUAUUUGAUAAAAUAUCACAUCAACUUUUACCAACUCCUGAUAAAUUACAUUAUACAUUCAAUCUUCGAGAUUUGUCACGUAUAUUUCAAGGUAUACUUAUGGCUGAUCCUUCAAAAAUUUACGAAAAGGGAGAUCUUUUGGCAUUGUGGUAUCAUGAGAAUACAAGAAUAAUGGGAGAUCGUUUGGUGAAUACGAGUGACCUGAGUUGGUUCGAUAAUACACUGUGGUCUUGUUUAAUGGAUCAUUUUGGUGAUAUAAGAAAAGAUAGUGUAUUAGGAGAAGGACAACUUUUCUAUGGGGAUUUUUGCAAUAGUUUUGGACAGUAUCAGAGAAUCACUGAUACUCAAAAAAUGGAAACAAUUUUGUAUGAUAUUAUGGAAGAAUACAAUCACUCGUCAGAUGAACCAAUGAAACUUGUACUUUUUGAUGAAGCUAUGAGUCAUAUUUGUAGAAUUAGUAGAAUAUUAAGACAACCAAGGGGUAAUGCUCUUCUUCUUGGUGUUGGAGGUUCAGGACGUCAAAGUUUAGCAAAACUUUCAUCAUUUUUAUGCAAUAAAAGUUGCUUUCAAAUUGAAUCUCGUCGUUCUUAUACUAUCAAUGAUUGGCAUGAUGAUAUAAAAAGCAUUAUGCUCAAAGCUGGCAUUUCUAGUAAUUCAAUAGUAUUUUUAUUUUCCGAUACACAAAUUAAAGAUGAAGUGUACUUGGAGGACAUUCACAAUAUACUUAAUAGUGGAGAUGUUCCAAAUAUUUAUCAGCCCGAUGAAUUAGAUAAAAUAUAUCAAUCAAUGAGAUCAUCUGUUCAAGAAGCUGGACUUCCUAUAAAUAAAACAAAUCUUUAUAAUUAUUAUUUAAAAAAUUUACAAAAUAAUUUACACACUGUCCUUGCAAUGAGUCCAAUUGGUGAUGCAUUUCGUGGAUAUAUUCGACAAUUUCCAGCAUUAAUAAAUUGUUGUGUUAUUGAUUGGUUUCAUCCAUGGUCAGACAAAGCAUUGCAGAGCGUUGCAGUUCGUUUUAUAAAAGACAUUGAUGAUGUACAAAUUGCCAAUGAUACGCUUCAACAAAUAGUUAAUACUUGCCAAUUUAUGCAUUCGAGUACAAUAAAUAUUUGUGAAGAAUUUUAUCAGUUGUUGAACCGUCGAAAUUAUGUAACUCCAGCUAGUUACCUCGAAAUGCUUGCAAAUUAUGGAAAACUUUUGUGUUCACGUAAAAAAGAACUAUUAUCUGGCAUAGAACGUUUGUCUGGAGGUCUUGGAAAAUUAUCAACAACAGAAAUUGAAGUCAAACAAAUGCAAUUGAUGCUUAUUAAAAUGAAGCCAGAACUAGAAUCAAAAAUUAAAAAUGAAGCUGAAAAAGAUUUACGUCAAGUUAAGCCAAUGCUUCAUGCAGCUGAGGCAAGUUUAAAAGCACUAAACAAAAAUGACAUUAUUGAGGUCAAAACAAUGAAACGACCACCACCUGGUGUUGUUCUUGUUAUUGAAGCUGUAUGUAUUAUACCUGGAAAAAUACCAGGUGAAAAAGUUCUUGAUUAUUGGACACCUGGAAGUCAUCUAUUAUCAGAUCCAGGACAUUUUUUAAAAGACCUAACAAAUUUUGAUAAAAAUAAAAUAACCGAAGAUAUGAUUAAUAAAUUAAAAAUUUAUAUAAACAAUCCAUCAUUUGAACCAGAUAAAAUAAUGUUUGUAUCAAAAGCAUGUUAUUCAUUAUGUUUAUGGUUACAUGCAAUGUAUAAUUAUUAUUUUGUUAAUAAAAAAAUACAGCCAAAAAUGUUGGCAUUAAAAACAGCUGAAUUAACAUUACUGGAAACAGAAAAAAAUUUAUUAAUUGCAAUGGAAAAAUUGCAUGAAGUUGAAGAUAAUAUUGAUAAAUUAAAGCAACAAUUAAAUAAUGAAGAAAUUAAAUUAUCAAAAUUGAAAGAUGAUAAAAAAUUGUGUGAGGAUAGAAUGUUAAGAGCUGUACGUCUUAUUGAUGGUCUUGAUGAUGAAAAGAAACGUUGGAUACAAAAUGUUGGAGAUAUUAAAAUUAAUUAUGAUAAUUGUAUUGGUGAUUGUUUAAUAGCAUCUGGUUCAAUUGCGUAUUUAUCACCUUUCAUUGAUUCUUAUCGUUUGAGGCUUUUGCAUUAUUGGAUGAAUAAUUUAGGUGAUAAAGUACCACAUAGUUUUGACUGUAGUCCAGUGUCAAUACUUGGUGAUACAGUUAAAAUUCGUAAUUGGCAAAUUGAUGGAUUACCACGUGAUGUAUAUUCCAUUGAAAAUGCUAUACUUGUUGAAAAUUCUAGACGUUGGCCUCUCUUUAUUGAUCCACAAAGUCAAGCAAACAAAUGGAUAAAAAAAAGUGUAGAUCUUAUUCGUAUUAUUGAAAAUUGUGUGAGAUUUGGAAGAGCUUGUUUAAUUGAAAAUAUUAAUAAUGAAUUGGACAAUGCACUUGAUAGUAUUUUGACAAAAAAUUUUUUUUAUCAUGCUGGUAAAUUGAGUAUUAAAAUUGGUGAUAAUGUUGUUGUUUAUGAUCAAAGAUUUCGUCUUUAUAUUACAACACAAUUGUCAAAUCCUCAUUAUUCACCAGAAAUAUUUGCUAAAUUAUUGAUUGUCAAUUUUUCAUUAACAUCAAGUGGUUUACUUGAUCAAAUGUUAUCAAUAGUAGUUAUGGAAGAACGUCCUGACCUUGAAGCAACACGUAGUGAAUUAAUAGUAUCAUGCGCACAAAUGAAAAAUGAUUUAAAAAAUAUUGAAAAUAGAAUAUUAGAUAGACUCACAACAUCAGAGGGCUCGGCAAUUGAUGAUAUUGAUUUAAUAAAUACCCUUGAAGCAUCAAAAUUUAAAAGUCAAGAAAUUAAAUUAAAAGUUGAUAUAUCUGAAAAAACACAAAUUGACAUUGAUAAUACAAGACUAUAUUAUUUACCAGUUGCUAAUCGUGCACAAUUAUUAUUUUUUUCAAUAAAUGAUUUACGUUUUAUUGAUUUUAUGUAUCAAUAUUCACUUGAAUGGUUUAUCAAUAUAUUUAUAACAAGUGUAUCAAAAACUGAAAAAUCUGAUGACAUUGAAAAACGUGUCAAUUUAAUUAAUGAAAAUUUAACAUAUUUUUUAUUUACAAAUGUUUGUCGUAGUUUAUUUGAAAAACAUAAAUUACAUUUAGCACUUUUAAUUUGUGCUAGAAUAAAAAUUAAUUCAAAUACAAUUGAAUCAAAUGAGUGGAGACAUUUUCUAGCUGGUGAAACACCCUCACAAGAAAAACAAAAUCCAGCAAAGACAUGGCUAAGUGAUCGUCCAGAAAAUAAUAGUCAUUUUGUUGAUAAAUUUAAUUAUGAUGAUUUUCAAAAGUUGUUAUUGAUUAAAUGUUUGAGACCAGAUAGACUUAUAAAUGCAAUACAAAUAUAUGUCAGUAAAUAUCUUGGUAGUAAAUUUAUUGAACCACAAACAACUGAAUUAUCAAUUAUUCAUAAAGAAUCAUCAUCAACUGUUCCAAUUGUAUUUAUAUUGUCAAGUGGAACUGAUCCAGCUGCUGAAUUAUUUAAAUAUGCUGAAAAAAUUGGUAUGGCUAAAAAACUAGAAACAAUAUCACUUGGACAAGGACAAGGACCACGUGCUGAGCUUAUGCUUCAGCAAUCAGUUGAAAAUGGAAAUUGGGUUUUCUUUCAGAAUUGCCAUUUAGCACCAAGCUGGAUGCCAAAAUUGGAAAAUUUAGUUGAAUCAUUUCCUGAUAAUACACAUAAAGGUUUUCGUUUGUGGUUAACAUCAACUCCAACUACAAAUUUUCCAUCAAGUAUUUUAGAAAAUUCAAUAAAACUAACUGUUGAACCACCGCGUGGAAUAAAAGCCAAUAUGAUGAGAGCAUAUGUCAAUCAAGUAGCUGAAAUGCAAGAUAUAUUUAAAUCAGAAAAUAUUAAAACCCAAAAUUUUAAAUCUUUAUUAUUUUCACUUUGUUUAUUUCAUUCUGUUUUACUUGAACGACGAAAAUUUGGAUCACUGGGUUUUAAUAUUCCAUAUGAAUUUUCAGAGGGUGAUUUGAAAAUUUGCAUAUCACAAUUGUAUAUGUUUGUAAUGGAAUAUCCAAGUAUUCCUUUUGAGGUACUUACUUAUACUGCUGGACAAAUAAAUUAUGGUGGAAGAAUAACAGACGAUUGGGAUCGUAGAUGUAUAAUGACAAUUCUUCAUGAUUAUUAUAAAAAAGAAUCUCUUGUUUCAGGAUAUAAAUUUGAUCCUAAUGGACAUUAUUGUCAGCUGUCAACUGAUCAACCUGAUACGUGUACGUUAUUUGAGUACCUCGAGUAUAUUCGUACUUUACCACUGAAUGAUGAUCCUUCAAUUUUUGGUCUUGACAUGAAUGCAGAUAUUAGUUAUGCAAGUGCUGAGGCGUAUUCAUGCUUAGACACAUUAUUGAUGCUUCAACCAAAAAUAAUUGAUGACUCUUCAAUUAACGUCAAUGAAAAUAUUGUUUUAUUAGUAGAAAAUAUUAUUAAUAAAAUUCCACAGUUAUUUAAUAUUGAAGAUAUUCAAAAAAAAUAUCCUGUACUUUAUGAAGAAUCAUUUAACACUGUCAUUCAACAAGAAGCUAAACGAUAUAAUUCCUUGAUUAAAAUAUUAUCCAUUAAUUUAUCUGAUUUAUUAAAAGCACUUAAAGGACAAACAACAAUGACUGAACAACUUGAAUCAACAUCAGACAGUUUAUUCAAUAAUAAAGUUCCAAAGUUGUGGCUAAAUCGUGGCUAUCCAUCAUUAAAACCACUUGGUGCAUGGAUAAUUGAUUUUGUUGAAAGAAUAAAUUUUAUGAAACGUUGGAUUGCAUCUGGUAUUCCAGCUGCAUUUUGGAUAUCUGGUUUUUAUUUUCCCCAGGCAUUUAUCACUGGAACAUUACAAAAUUAUGCAAGAAAAUAUAAAUUGUCAAUUGAUCAAAUUGACUUUUCAUUCGAGGUAUUAAAAAAUAUUCCAACGUCAAAGCCAAAAGAUGGUUGUGUUGUUUAUGGAUUAUUUUUAGAGGGAUGUCGUUGGAAUGGAAUGAGUUUAGAUGUAUCUCAACCUAAAGAGUUACAUACAGAAAUGAAGCCAAUUUUAUUAUUACCUGUAAUGAAUACAGUUAUUGACGAACAAGGACAUUAUGAUUGUCCAGUUUAUAAAACUCUUACACGAUCAGGAACAUUAAGCACAACUGGGCAUUCAACAAAUUUUGUUUUAUCUAUGAAAAUACCCAGCAGAGAAUCACAAUCAUUUUGGAUUAAAAGAGGUGUUGCUCUUAUUUGUGCUCUUGAUUACUAAAAUAGUUAUAUAUUUUUAAACUAAAUAAAUUAUUAUUUAACAAAAAAAAAUAACAAACUUAAUGAUAAAAUAAAUAAUCAGCAUUUUUUGUU